ACAAACAAAACAAAAAAAACAAAAGCAAUGCGAAGAUGAAUCAUGUGAAGGAGUCCAUGUGGCGGAAAAACCCAAACUCCACAUGGCGCUGAACUGAAGAUUUCCUCAUCACCUCAUUCACCCUCUCUCGCGCGCGCGCGCACAUAUGCCAAUGCCGCUUUUCUUCUUCAUCCACAAAACUCAUAGCUCAUAACCCUUCUCUUCUUCUUCUUCUUCUUCUACUACAAUACUACACUACUACUGCAUCUACCCCUUCUCUUCCCUUGCCUUUCCCAUGCUCAGAACGGUACCCACUUUCCGCUCCUUUCUCUUUCGCCAAACAACCUCUUCACUUUCAUUAUUCCCCUCCUCUUCUCCUCCAUCCAUUUACGCUCUCAAGGUCUUAGCUAUGGCCCAACAUAGCUCCUCUUCUAGUUCUUCUCACCACCAUACUAAUCGCCUUGCCCAAGAACACAGUCCCUAUCUUCUUCAACAUGCCCAUAAUCCCGUUGAUUGGUAUCCGUGGGGUGAAGAAGCUUUUGCCGAAGCUCGAAAGAGGGACGUCCCCAUUUUCUUGUCAAUUGGAUAUAGCACCUGCCAUUGGUGUCAUGUUAUGGAGGUGGAGUCCUUUGAGGAUGAGGGGGUUGCUAAAUUGCUCAAUGAUUGGUUCAUUAGUAUCAAGGUGGACCGUGAAGAAAGACCAGAUGUAGACAAGGUAUAUAUGACGUACGUGCAGGCUUUAUAUGGUGGUGGAGGUUGGCCGCUGACUGUCUUCCUUUCACCUGAUUUAAAACCCUUCAUGGGUGGAACAUAUUUCCCUCCUGAGGAUAAGUAUGGAAGACCAGGAUUCAAGACUAUACUAAGAAAGGUGAAAGAAGCAUGGGAUACUAAACGUGAUACACUUGUUAAGAGUGGAGCCUUUGCGAUUGAGCAGCUUUCGGAGGCACUAUCAGCAGCUGCAAGUUCUAAUAAAUUGCCGGAUGGUCUUCCACAAAAUGCAUUGCGUCUAUGUGCUGAACAACUUUCUGAAAACUAUGAUUCAAAAUAUGGUGGAUUUGGAUCUGCCCCGAAGUUUCCUAGACCAGUUGAGAUUCAGCUGAUGCUUUAUUGGGCCAAGAAGUUGGAGGAAGCUGGGAAGAUGGUCGAAGCAAAUAAGGAUUUAGAGAUGGUUUUCUUCAGCCUGAAAUGCAUGGCUAGAGGGGGCAUCCACGACCACAUUGGAGGUGGCUUUCAUAGAUACAGCGUAGACGAGUGUUGGCACGUCCCACACUUCGAGAAGAUGCUGUAUGAUCAAGGGCAGCUUGUCAAUGUUUACUUGGAUGCUUUUGUCAUUACCAAAGACAUCUCUUAUUCAUUUAUUUCUCGAGAUAUUCUUGAUUACUUGAGAAGAGGCAUGAUUGGACCAGAAGGUGAAAUAUUUUCAGCAGAGGAUGCUGACAGUGCUGAAUCUGAAGGUGCUACAAGAAAAAAGGAAGGGGCCUUCUAUGUCUGGACAAGCAAAGAGGUCGAAGAUGUUCUUGGAGAGCAUGCCACUCUCUUCAAUGAGCACUUUUACAUCAAGUCUUUAGGCAAUUGUGACCUUUCUAGAAUGAGUGAUCCUCACAAAGAAUUUGAGGGAAAGAAUGUGCUGAUUGAGAGGAAAAGCACGGGUGAACUAGCAUCAAAAUUUGGCUUGCCUGUUGAGGAAUAUCUUGACAUUCUUGGUGAAUGCAGAAGAAAGCUUUUUGAAAUAAGGUCAAGGCGACCAAAACCACAUUUGGAUGACAAGGUAAUUGUAUCAUGGAAUGGACUUGUAAUCUCAUCUUUUGCAAGAGCUUCUAAGAUUCUCAAGGGUGAACCUGAGGGCACUAAAUUCAACUUUCCUGUGAAUGGAUGUGAUCCUAAGGACUACUUGGAAGUAGCAGAACGGGCAGCAUCUUUUAUCAGAAAACAGCUUUACAAUGAACAAACACGGAGGCUGCAACACAGCUUUAGAAAUGGGCCAGCUAAAGCACCUGGUUUUUUAGAUGAUUAUGCAUUUCUAAUUUCAGGGUUGCUGGAUAUUUAUGAAUUUGGUGGUGGGGUCAACUGGCUAAUUUGGGCAACUGAACUCCAAGAUACCCAGGAUGAGUUGUUUCUUGAUAGAGAGGGAGGAGGAUAUUUUAAUACCCCAGGGGAAGAUCCUUCUGUACUUUUGCGGGUGAAGGAAGAUCAUGAUGGGGCCGAGCCAUCUGGAAACUCUGUUUCUGCGAUCAAUCUCGUGAGAUUGGCUUCCAUGGUUACUGGCAAUAAAUCUGAUCUCUACAGGAAGAACGCAGAACAUCUUCUGGCUGUUUUUGAGACAAGGCUGAAAGAUAAGGCCAUGGCAGUGCCUUUGAUGUGCUGUGCGGCAGAUAUGGUUUCUGUCCCUUCAAGGAAGCAAAUUGUCUUGCUCGGCCACAAGCCUUCUUUGGAGUUUGAAAACAUGCUGGGCGCUGUCCAUGCUCAGUAUGAUCCGAAUAAAACAGUUAUUCACAUUGAUCCUUUCGAUACUGAAGAAAUGCAAUUCUGGGAAGAAAACAACAGUGACGUGGCUCUCAUGGCCAAGAACAAUUCUGCUGCAGACAAGGUGGUUGCUCUUGUCUGUCAAAACUUUACUUGCAGUGCUCCGGUGACCGACCCCAAAUCCUUGGAAGCUUUACUCUCUCAGAAAUAAUAAGGUUUCUGUGUGUAGUUUUGUUUUGAUAAAUGGAGUCAUGUGAGAGACAAAAGAGUUGUACAAGAAUUAUCAAAAAAAUCAGCAAGGAGAAGACUUGGGGACGUUCUCUUCUUAGUUGGGUACUUUUGAAUCAUAGAUACAGAGAGCAACUUAAAUACUUUCUCUCCACUCCAAUGCCUUUGUUCAUAUAAUGUUCUUAUGUCUACAACUGCAUAUGAUUAUGGUCUGAUUGGAUUAUGACCUCUGUUUACUACUAUUAAUCGUGUAAUACACUUUAUUUUAUUAGUCAAAUAAUAAUUACAUAGAAAAAUAAUAUUGAAUCAUAUUUAAUUGUCU